CUCGGCGAGAACUUUUGCACAUCUUUAGUUUUACGGUUCACUUUGUUCCUUUAUACCCUAGCCUAGCCGGCUUUUGGUUUAGUUUAGCGCGUCGUUUUCGGAUGUAAUGGAAGAUAGUGACACUUGUCCUUUCUCCCUCGAAGAAGCAAAGUCCUCCUUUCUUCGCACUCUAUCAAAACUUGACCCAAAAGAUUCUAAAGGUUUUGUUGAAUGGGUUACGGAACAUUGUUCCAAUGCAUAUACCUGUAAACAAAGUGGAGAAAAUAUUGAUUACACUUUUAAAUGGGCUGAGAAAAGGUUAAAAAAUAUUACAAAGGACAUAAAAAGGAUAAUUCCACUUCAAGGAGUCCUGGAGACAGAAAAAAUCAGACACCCGGAAGAAGGAAAGGUAAAGAUUCCCUGGAAGUAAAAGAGGAGGACUGAACAUUUUGAAUAAGGAAAAAAAAAAUCACAAUUUUUAUACCUCUUGGUUUGUUUAUUUACUUCAGGGCCUGGCGAGUGAACCCUCAACCACAGUCCAUGUAGACUCAUUCCUGUAUAGUGAUGAAGACAUCGAUAAACUUUGUGAUGAAGGGAGAAUGAGCCGUAACUACUGUAAACAAUGUGGAUCUCACAAUACAGCCCCACUAAGUAUAUAAUGUUUAAUUGCUAUUGAUUAUUAUUUUUAUCAAUAUUUAACCCUUUGACCUCCAAGAGUACGUGAGUAGCAUCUAAUUUCUCCUUAUCAUGUCACCCUUGAAUCACACAUUAGGGUUUUGAGAAUAAAGGAAAUGAUCACAAACUAAAAAAGCUCUUGAUUUUUAAACGAAGUGUCCUUGUCUGCUGCUAAGAAAUAUGUAUGGAAACAGGUAUGGAGAAUAUGCAUACUGAUCUUCAGGUGUAUUAUUGAGAAAAAAAAAAUGACUGAGACAAAAAAACCAAUUAAAUUUGAUGCUAUUUACUUUUAUUUACAAAUAUUUACUCUGCUACCAUUGGUACCUUGGUCAUUUGAACACCAAUCACUGUGUAGGGAAUGAACAAUUGUUCAAACUAAAUUUAAUUGUGUCAAUCCACACACAAGACCAAAGCAAGCAUGAAUGGCAAGGAAUUUAUAUAGAAUAUAUUUCUCAUUUACUCUUAACAGACUGAUCAGUUUUCUGUUAGUGAUCCCUUCCAACAGUAAUUGUACUGUAGGCACUAAAUUGUCAAUUGAAGUUGUGUGUGGUUUUCUUUUUACUACUUUGGGAUUUGCAAAAAGCUUCAUUUAAUUGGCAUAGGGUGAAGUGUUUGGAAAUUUGUGGAAAUAUGUAAGAGCACCUUGCUAUUGAUAGGUGUCUUACAAAAUGUCAAUAAUUAUUAAUAUUGUUCUAUUUACACAAAAGGGGCAUUAUUCAUUUUAUCAAUAUUGUACUUAAAUUACAGCUUUCAUCUCCCAUUCAUCAUCACUUGUGCAGUUAAAAUUCAUUUUUCAAGAAGCCCUCCCUUCCAUCGCAACAAAUCUUGCGGACAAGUUGUUAAUGGAUGUUGGCUCCAGACUGGGUGCUGUACUCUAUGGGGCAAGUGUUCUCAGGUGUUUUGUUUUAUUAUAAGUAUGAAGUGAAGAGAGGCACUUUAAAAAUAGAUUUUCUUGCCCAAAAACACAAAACAAUUACCCAGCAAGGUCUUCAACUUGGGCCUCCCAACUCUAAGGUCAGCAUGCUAACCGUUAGUUGGCCACCAUGUCUUCCACAAGUGUGGUACCCAUGAUUAAUGAAAGGUGUUUUUUUUUUUCACACAGGCAUAUCACUUCAGUCCAAUAAAGAAGAUUGUUGGAGUUGAAAUAAACUCAGAGCUGUGUGAUUUACAACAGAAAAUAACAGAAAAGUAUAGAAUGCAUGAUCGUGUUGAGGUGAGUUUGUUGAACUUAAAAAAAAUACUUUUAGGUAAAGAUUGUUAGCAUUCACGUGCUAGCUUCUGCAAAGGCCAUGAGAUUCACAACCCAAUCGCAUUAUCAGUUACAUUGUGUUUUACUCUGAGACUGUAUUUUCAUUUUUAACAAUAAGAGUAGACUAAUAACUCGAUGAAAGGGUUUAACUCAGUGUCUCCUAAAGUUAAUCCUGACUAGAGAAUCAAUUUAUCAGUCUUUUGAUUGAAGGAGAAGGUAGCUGCUUUGUUAUGGAAUUACAAUAACUAUAAUUUUCUUUAUAGGAAAUUCUUUUGUUUGCACUGAAAAUAGAAACAGGUUGACAAAAGUGGCCAUUAAUUACUACUUAUCAUAUGAUAAAUUGAAGAUCUGAAACAAGCAAAAAAUGAUCCUACAGUUAUAGCUACCAGUAAUAGACCACUGGAUCUUGCCAUUAUAGUGGGGUUAUAUUUAAUUUCAGAAAAAAAAUUAUAUAUUAAGUAUUUCAUUAGUCAAUCAAUCAAUCAAUAUUAUUAAUCAACUAAUUAAUCAAUCUUAUAUUUAAUAAUUUAUUUAUGAGCAUGGCAGAUUAAUAGUGUACUGAAUUUGUGGGGAACACUACUCUCAAUUGUCAAAUCCUUGUUAUAUUGUUAAUUGUCAACAUUCACCACAUCACAAACUUACUGGUAGUACACUCUCCUAAAACCUAAAAAAUAACUCCUGACCAAUCGUCACAUCUCAUUUCAAUUUCAACCUAACUGGAAAGGUGGAAGUGUCAUGUCACGCAACUUCCAUUUAAUAGUGCAGUGCUGUUAGGCAACCUGCAUUAACUAGACUAAGAAUCCUGUAAUUAAGCAAGAUGUAUUUGGUGUCUAUUCAGAAAUUACUGGUGAAUCCUUAAAUGCUUAUUUCUGCUCUUUGUCAUUAGUGUAAAGUUGUUUCUUUCCAAUGUUUUAUGAAAGGUACAUGCAGGGUUUUAAAAUAAUUUUUGAGCUUUUACCGUGAAUUUGCAGGCUUUUGUCAAGGUUCAUUUUUUUUCCGAGCUGUCAAUAAUAAAUGAGCAGUCAGCACAUGUAUUACUCUUUUCUGGGAGAAACCUUUUUUUAUUUAAAAAACUUAUAUGUACAUGGUGUACCUAUCGUAUACUCAUACUCGUUGGUGUUUCCAAAAAGUUUUUAAAACAUUUCUAGGCUACUUUAUCGCCUGAUAUGGAACGUUCACCAUAACACAACAGCAACUUUUACUUCAGUUUGACAAUCAAUUAGCAUCAUAUUUUCUAUAAAAUUCGAACUCUUUGCUGAAAAAUUGCUGGCAAGUGUGCUAAAGGUUCCCACUGCCGCUGACAGCCAAAUGUUAUAUUGAACCCUACACAUGAUGUAAAAUGACAAGCGCUUCCAUUUCUCUUAGAUUAGAUGUGCUGAUAUUUGUAGUGAGCCAACCCUCUUGGAACAAGGUAUUACAAUGAUUACACUUAUUGGAAGAACAACUUACAAUUUUUUUCACUGAUACCAGUAACUGGAAGUAGAAAGAAAGUAUGUACUGUGUGGGAGGUCAUGAUGCAAAGACUGAAUGCAAGGAAGUCAGUAUAUCAUGACUGCUGCUCUUUCUCUUUCUUUCUUUCUUUCUUCUUCUUCUUUCUUCUUUCUUCUUCCAGGGCUUUACAGUACCUGAGCAGCUUUUUUCCAACCCUGAACACACCAUUUUGCCUCAUCAUGCUGUGAAAUUUCAAUGUUCUUUUGUUAAAGUGUGCAAGGACCUGUCAUACAAGUCAUUUGAUAGACAAGCCUUUUCCACCCUCAGUUUUACAUGGCUUACAAAUCACAAAGUCUCUAGCAUACAUGUAUAAUACUACAUGUUACAAUCUUAGUGAAUAAGUACAAGAAACUCGUCAGUAAAAACUAAUGAAAAAUAUUAAAUAACUACAAUUAGUUUAUUCGGCAAAGUGAAGGAAUAGUGGUGGAUAUUUACUGAGCCAUAAAGCAGUGAGGUAAAUAUCUUCCAUUUAUACUACUCAGAUACUGAAAAAAUGGUUUAUUUCUUUCAGUAUACCCAAAAAAAUAUUAAGAAAAAAAUAAUCCUGAUGCACAAUUUUGUCACAUUGGCUAUUCAAAGGUGAAUACUGCACCUUCAAUGCUAUUCACUGCUUUUGUAUCUAUGGGUAGUUAUUUCUAAAAUUUCAAAAUAAUUUUUUUGCAGCUGACAUUGUGGUUCUCAACAAUGUGUUUGAGUUCUUUUUAUCGAUGGAUCAGCAAAUAAGGUAGGAGAAAUUAGUGUGAUCAAAGGAUGUGGGUUACUCCACAUCCUUUUCAAUAUGUGCUGAGAGAAAAUUUCAGCAGUAGCAAGAGUAAGAGAUUCAUUUGCUUCAUGCACAGGACUUGGAGAUUCAUCCGAGAGCAUGUGAUUAAACCUGGAUGUAUUUUGGUCACUGUUCCAAGUCUUGAAGAAGCCACAGAGUUCAACAACAAGGUACAUGGUGUUAAAACUUAGACUCUCAGAAGUGAUUCACAUGUAACUUCUCCCUACCAUAUUCAUCCACUAUCCAGCAAACAGGUAAUGAGAAUACUCAAAUGUAUCAGGUAGAAGUUGUUAUUUUGAUAUAACACCAAGUUCUUGCAACUAAUUCAUGAGGAAAUGUGCAGCAGCAAGAGGAAGAUGUAACAAUCAGAUCAUGGGAGUUAUAGGGUUAAUUGAUGACUGCCUUUUUUUGCAAACCUUUUGACUUAAUGUUGAUGUCUAAUAGACACUCUUAAAUUUAGCCAAAAGGUUUGCAAAGAAAGCAAUCAUAUUAUGUUUUUACUGAGACGAGAGUGGUUUAGUUGAAAUAUUUUUUUCUGUUCUCUUACUUCCUACAGCCAUGUAUUGAUGUCAACAGUUGGGUAAAGCCAUGCAUAGUUAACUAUGAUGUACUAGAAAUUCCUCUUUUAGAAGAAGACUUGGAUGAAUUACAGAACAUUUUCUUUUAUCAAGUGAAAUGAAAAAAAAUUGUCUGAUUUACUGGUACCUGUUGAUAAUAGGAGUCCUACUACCCUCAUGGUUAGUAUGCUGGACUCGGAGUCGAGAGGUCUGGGUUUCAGACCUGGUUGGGACAUUGUGUUGUGUUCUCUGGCAGAACAAUUUACUCCCUGUCCUUCUCCAUCCAGGAGUAUAAACAGGCACUAGUGAAUGGUCAAGGGAACCUGAUGAAAUGCUGAGGGGUAGCCUUGUAAUUGACUGGCAUCUCAUCCAGGGGGGAGUGGUAAUACUUCUAGUCACUUCAUGUAGAGGGAACCAGGAUAAGCUAUAGCUGGAUAAGCCACUAGGCCUUAGUGCAGACUUUCACUAUUGAAGUUAUUGUUAUUAUUUGAAUAACAAAAUCCAGCUUAUAAGUUGACUCUUUUUCCAUUCACAAU